CUCCCAGAAGGCCCCGCGAACUUCCGACCGAAGAGGGCAGGCCAGGGGGUGGUCGGACAUCCAAAUAAGCGUCGUGGGGCUUUGCGCGCGACGACCCGCGUUCGGUUCGGCCGACUCUGCUCACUCCUCACCCUGACAGAACCACCAUGAAAGACUCGCUAGUGCUGCUGGGCCGAGUCCCGGCGCACCCCGAUUCCCGCUGCUGGUUUCUGGCCUGGAACCCCGCGGGAACGCUGCUGGCCUCGUGCGGUGGCGACCGCAGAGUCCGCAUCUGGGGCGCGGAGGGUGACAACUGGGUCUGUAAAUCUAUCCUUUCUGAAGGCCAUCAACGCACUGUAAGGAAAGUGGCCUGGUCUCCCUGUGGGAAUUACCUGGCCUCUGCCAGCUUUGAUGCUACCACUUGUAUUUGGAAGAAGAACAAGGAUGACUUUGAGUGUGUAACUACUCUGGAAGGUCAUGAAAAUGAGGUCAAGUCAGUAGCUUGGGCCCCAUCUGGUAACCUCCUUGCUACCUGCAGCCGAGAUAAGAGUGUGUGGGUCUGGGAAGUUGAUGAAGAAGAUGAGUAUGAAUGUGUCAGUGUCCUCAAUUCUCAUACACAGGAUGUAAAACAUGUGGUUUGGCAUCCAAGCCAGGAGUUGUUAGCCUCUGCCAGCUAUGAUGAUACAGUGAAGCUCUACCGAGAGGAAGAGGAUGACUGGGUGUGCUAUGCCACCCUUGAAGGCCAUGAAUCCACUGUAUGGAGCUUAGCCUUUGACCCCAGUGGCCAGCGCUUGGCAUCUUGCAGUGAUGACCGGACCGUGCGCAUCUGGCGCCAGUAUCUCUCAGGCAAUGAACAAGGGGUGGCAUGCAGUGGCUCUGACCCCAGCUGGAAAUGUGUCUGCACUUUGUCGGGCUUCCACUCCAGGACCAUUUAUGAUGUUGCUUGGUGUCAGCUGACAGGGGCCCUGGCCACAGCUUGCGGAGAUGAUGCCAUCCGAGUGUUUGAGGAGGAUCCCAGCUCAGAUCCACAGCAACCCACCUUCUCCCUGACAGCCCACUUGCCUCAGGCCCAUUCCCAGGAUGUCAACUGUGUGGCCUGGAACCCCAAGGUCCCAGGGCUCCUGGUUUCCUGUAGUGAUGAUGGGGAAGUAGCCUUCUGGAAGUAUCAGCGGCCUGAAGGCCUCUGAGCCACCUUAGCUUUGGACAUAACUAUGAUUUCCUAGGAAAUGCCAUAAGACUUUCUUCAGCCUCUGAGAUGACUUGGAAGAGCACCCUUGACCUUCUAACUUGACUCUUCCAUUCCGUUAUACUCUGUCCCCUCCUUUGACAUGGGACUGACUCUUGGUAAAAAAACAAACUUAACUAUAGGACAUCAAUCAGCACAUUAUAAUUAUGCCACAAAUUUUUAAGGUAUUAGUUUUUUGGGGGGAGGGGAAUUUAUAUAUAAUCACUAUCUAUACACAUAGAGGUUUACCUUAGGCCUUUCUGAAAUUGCAAACUUUAUAUGUUACGAGAAUAUACAUAAUUUAAAAGAAA